AUGGCCAUCGAGAUUGACGAAGUUCCCAUUGAAGGGAAAGCAUGGAUUACUUUAAUAACCAAUCCAUCUUAUAUACCUGGUCUGCUGGUACUUCAGCGUACACUUUCAUCCGUCUCUGCUUAUCCAUUAGUCGUGAUGACUACACCUGGAUUAUCAAAUUCUUCAAGGGAAAUAAUAAGAUCAUUUGCAAUACCUGUAAUAGAAGUACCGCAUCUAUCACCUUCGGAAGGUAGACACGGUGGAUUCGAUCCUUCUUUUGCUAGAUUCAAUGACGCUUGGACUAAAUUACAAGUUUUCGGUUUAACUCAAUUCGAAAAGUUAAUAUUGAUAGAUUCGGAUAUGAUCUUCUUGAGAGGUAUGGAUGAGUUAUUUGAAUAUGAAUUACCUGGAGAAGAUUGGAUAGCAGCUAGUCCAGCUUGUGUUUGUAAUCCUUUCAAGAUAAGUCAUUAUCCCAAAGAUUGGAUCCCAUCGAACUGUUCGUUAUCGGUACAAAAUCCUUAUUCGACUCUUGAUUCACCUCCGAUUCCGCCAUCCGAAUCUACACGUACCUCACAUCUACUGAAUUCGGGUUUGGUCGUCUUCCAUCCGAGCCAAGAUAAAAUGGAUAAAUUGAUUCAUCACUUGAACACAUCACCUUCUAUACCCGACCUCAAAUUUCCAGAUCAAGAAGUCAUGGCGGAUGUGUUUAGAGGGAAAUGGAAGCCUCUACCUUGGUGGUGUAAUGCUUUGAAAACGGAAAGAGCCGUUCAUAAGAAUAUAUGGAAAGAUGAGGAAGUCAGAUUGAUACAUUAUAUUCUUGAUAAACCUUGGAAUCAUCGACCGACCUGCCUUGCACCUCACGAAUCAACUCAUAUCCAAUUACCUCCAACACCAAUCACACCCACUUCCUCCUCAAUGACCAAGAUAGCCCGUAGACCAUUACCAGAUGGCUUAUUGGAAGCGGUCAAGUCGACGCCUUCCCAGAAAAGCUUGACGGAUUAUGACGAUGUUCAUGCUUGGUGGUGGAUUGCAUACGAGGAUUUGCUGGAUGAGUGGAAGAGAGAAAAUAAGCAGAGUUGGAGAGAGAUUGACGCUUAUGUCAAGAGAUGA